AUGCGCAUUCAAGCAUAUACAUUAUGGAGUGGAGGGGUAUAUCAGGGUGUCAUUAUUGUGUCCCCUGAUUUGAUCCUGCAUGGCACCACCAAUGCCCUGUUAAUUGGCAUGUUGAGGUUAAGAAUCGUGAAACGAGUCUUCAUCGACAUCCACUUCCAUAUCAUCAGGUUGCUCAACAAUAAUCCCCUUAAGAAAUUUCAGGGAAAACACGGACAUCAGCACAAGAUCAACUUCAAGCAAAAAACUGUCAAGGAGGCAAGUCGUUAUCUAGUGUCAAAGGAUUCUUGCGCCAUGUCAGAGGAUAAGCUUCAUACUUGGUAUAAGGAUCGUUUGCAGCAAGUGGAUUUCCCAGUUCCAGGCAUCAAAGUCAUUCACAACGCUUAUUAUUCUUGGAUCUCAGUAAAUGCCAUUACUGGACUUGUUCAACAACUAUCUCAUAAUGGUGCUGAAUUAAAAAGCUAUAUCCGAGUCAUUCUCACAGAAUUUACGGACGCAGAACUCAAAAGCACGUGGGCAUACAUUACUUCAGAUUUACCUCUUUCUCCCGACGGUUAG